AUGAGGACUCCAGCGAACCUAUAUGGUAGCAUCCUCAAGCCUAUCCACAAAGCCCUCACACUCCGUACAGUCGCAACCGCCACAGACACCCCAACGCCUCCCCGGCUCCUCCCCAUAAUCAAGCAAGAACACCGAGAAAUCCACGCCCACAGCCACCGGAUCCUCCAUUCGGCCAGCCCAGACGAGCAAACCAGAUACCAGAACCUGUUCACAUGGGAACUAGCCCGCCACGUUAUCGGUGAAGAGCUCGUGGUGUACCCGGCCAUAGCAGCCCACGUGAAGAACGGAUUCAAGGUCGUAUCGAGGAACCGCGCAGAGCACCACGCGAUAAAAGAGCAGCUCAAGGUAUUCCAGGGUCUGCCGUCGACAGAUCCGCGCUUUGCAGCUGCCCUGGAGGAAUUGAUGGGCGAUCUUACGCCACAUAUGCAGAGGGAAGAGAGCGAGGAUUUUGUGGCGCUAGAGGAGGCGCUGUCGGAAGGUGAAAGCGAGGAGAUAGCGAGGGUUUUGGAUCGGACGAAGGCAUUUGUGCCGUCGAGAUCGCAUCCGUUGGCUCCUGUUGAUCCGCCCUUUCACACGGUGGCAGGGUUGCUUACGGCGCCGCUGGAUAUGAUUGCGGAUUUGUUUCGCAAGUGGCCGCAUUCGAGAGACGAAGGGGGGAAGGUGAGGCAGAGGACUGAUCUGAGGUGA